AAAAGCACGAGUAGUCCCUUUGACUUCAGUAAUCAAAUCCAUUUUUGUACUAUUUUUUAUUUUUAUUUCUUUCUUUCUUUCUUCUUCUCAAAUCUUCAGUGGGUUUCAAGUCACUGUCUCUCUUUCUCUCUUGUCUAUUUGUUGCAGUGUUUCUUUUUCACUCUUCUCUUAAUAGUUUCCUCUCACACUCUUCAAGAACCCAAAAGACCAAACCUUUCUUUCAUGGAGACACAAAAGCUUAUCCCUUUAAUAAUCUUUCUCUUCUUUCUACCUUGUUCUGUUUCCUUUGUUCCUAUAGAUAACUAUUUAAUUAACUGUGGAUCACACAGCAAUGCUUCACUCUUCAAUAGAGUCUUCAUGGGUGAUUCAACCAACCAAGGUUCCAUUUUUCUCUCUUCAGAUGAUUCCAUUUCUCUUAUAAACAAAAACCCAUCUCCAAAUUUUCCAACUUUGUACCAUACAGCAAGAGUUUUCACCAGCAAUGGGAGAUACAGGUUCCACAUGAAGGAAAAUGGUACCCAUUUGGUUCGUUUUCACUUCUUUCCCUUUAAAGCUCAAAGCUUUGACAUGAAAUCUGCUAAAUUUAGUGUCUUGGUUAAUGGAAUUUUGAUUAUAAAAGAGUUUAGGCCAAUUAGUGAUCAUGUGCUGAUCAAAGAGUUUAUUUUGAAGAUAGAAUCAAACAUGGUUGAAAUUUUGUUUAGACCUGUUAAUUCAGGUUUUGGAUUUGUAAAUGCUGUGGAAGUGUUUAAUGCUCCUGUAGAUUUUGUUAUAGAUUAUGGAACUAGGUUGGUUGGUCCUUCUGGUGUGGAAGAGUACAAACACAUUUCAUCUAAGGUUUUAGAAACUAUUCAUAGGAUUAAUGUUGGAGGUAUGAAAAUAACUCCUUUUAAUGAUACCCUUUGGAGGACUUGGAUUCCUGAUGAAGAUUAUUUGGUCUUUAAGGAUGCAGCUAAACAUGCAAUUAGUACUCAUACACCUAAUUUUCAGAAGGGAGGUGCAACUCCAGAAAUUGCGCCCGAAAACGUUUACAUGACUGCUCAGCAGAUGAAUAGGGAUAACUCAAGUUUAGCUUCAAGGUUCAACAUAACAUGGAAUUUUCCCGUGGCUCGUGAUGGUUUUCCGCAUUUAAUUCGGUUGCAUUUCUGUGAUAUUGUUAGUCCUGCUCUCAAUUUGCUUUACUUUGAUGUGUAUAUCAAUGGUUACAUUGCAUAUAAGGAUCUUGAUUUAUCAGCUCUUACAAUCCACACUCUUGCAUCACCUAUCUAUGUGGAUUUUGUUGCUAAUUCAGAUGAUUCGGGUGUUAUUCAAUUAAGUGUUGGUCCUUCUGACCUUAGCAGUUCAAUAAGGAUUAAUGCUAUAUUGAAUGGUGCUGAGAUAAUGAAGAUGAUCAACAAUGUCGAUGAUAGUACUGUGCACAGGAGGAAACAUUUGGAGGUGUUGUUUGGUUCAAUUGUUGGAGGAAUUGUUGUUUUAUUUUUUGUAGCAACUGUUUUUCUACUUGCUAUCAAAUGCAGAAAGAAGAAACCAAAAGAAAGGACAGUGGAAAGUGUUGGAUGGACACCUUUGAAUGUGUUUGGAGGGAGUUCACUUAGUAGAACAUCUGAACCUGGUUCUUAUGGAUAUUUGGGUAUGAAGAUUCCUUUUGCUGAAAUUCAAUCAGCAACAAACAAUUUUGAUAGAAAUUUGAUUAUUGGUUCUGGUGGAUUUGGUAUGGUAUACAAAGGGGUACUCAGAGACAAUGUUAAGGUCGCUGUCAAAAGAGGCGGUACGCCAGGUUCAAGACAAGGCCUUCCAGAAUUCCACACAGAAAUAACAGUUUUAUCCAAAAUUCGCCAUCGACAUCUUGUUUCAUUAGUUGGUUUCUGUGAAGAAAAUUCGGAAAUGAUACUUGUCUAUGAGUAUGUUGAAAAGGGUCCACUGAAAAAACAUUUAUAUGGCUCAUCGCGACAACUACCUUUAUCUUGGAAGCAGCGGCUCGAGAUAUGCAUUGGUGCGGCUAGAGGUCUACACUAUCUUCACACUGGUUUCGCUCAAGGAAUCAUCCACCGCGACAUUAAAUCAACCAACAUAUUACUUGAUGAAGAUUAUGUUGCCAAGGUUGCUGAUUUCGGUCUUUCAAGAUCAGGACCGUGCAUCAAUGAAACACAUGUUAGUACUGGUGUGAAAGGUAGUUUUGGUUAUCUUGAUCCUGAGUAUUACCGGAGGCAACAGCUUACUGAUAAAUCAGAUGUGUAUUCAUUUGGUGUUGUGCUUUUUGAGGUUCUUUGUGGUAGACCUGCUGUUGAUCCACAACUGACUAGGGAACAGGUGAAUUUAGCAGAAUGGGCUAUUGAAUGGCUGCAGAAGGGAAUGUUGGAGCAUAUUGUUGAUCCCCAUCUUGUUGGAGACAUUAAACCGAGGUCGUUGAAGAAAUUCGGUGAAAUGGCAGAGAAAUGUUUGGCUGAGUAUGGUGUUGAUAGACCAAGUAUGGGUGAUGUGCUGUGGAAUUUGGAAUAUGCACUUCAGCUUCAAGAAAGUGAACAACAAAGGGGUGUGCAUGAUGAUUAUGGUAGUGCUAGUGAAGAAGUUAAUGAAACAACAAGAACUAUUCAUGAAAGUUCUACCAGCAGAAGAAUAGAGAAAAAUUAUGAUAAUGAGGGUUCAGAUAUUAGUACUAGCCAAGUUUUUUCUCAGCUUAUGAAUAAAGAAGGCAGAUAGAGAGAGGUGCAUAUAGCAAAUUAUUUCUGAUGUAAUAAUAAAAAACACAUGGAUUAAGAUGUAUAAUAUAACAGCAUUGUCCAGGCUUUCAUAUUUUUUUCUAUCUAUAUACAUAUAAUUCAUGUUUUCUUCUAAAGAAA